AACCACCCUUUGCUUUAUAAAGAGAUCGCAGUGGUUACCAGUAAAGGCUCUAGAGUUGGAAGAAGAGGUGGAUUUACGGAACAACUCCGUCGAGUUGUGUUUAGAAUAUGAAAUCAGUUUGACUGAGUAUAAAGGGAGCAUUUUGUCUUUUUGGAUACCACAUCUGAGCGAGCGCUAGAGCAGGAAAAGGCAGAAAUGGCAGACAUACGCAAGAAACUAGUCGUGGUGGGGGACGGCGCAUGUGGGAAAACAUGUCUACUGAUUGUGUUCAGCAAAGACGAGUUCCCAGAGGUUUAUGUUCCCACUGUAUUUGAGACGUAUGUGGCGGACAUAGAAGUGGACAACAAGCAAGUCCAGCUGGCUUUAUGGGACACAGCUGGACAGGAGGACUACGACCGGCUGCGCCCUCUUUCCUACCCGGACACCGAUGUCAUUCUGAUGUGUUUCUCCGUGGACAGCCCGGAUUCGUUAGAAAACAUCCCUGAAAAGUGGGUUCCUGAAGUUAAACAUUUUUGUCCUAAAGUGCCAAUUAUAUUAGUUGCCAACAAGAAAGAUCUGCGCAACGACGAGAACGUAAAGAACGAGCUGUCCCGGCUGAAGCUGGAGCCAGUAAAGGCAGAGGAUGGUCGGGCCAUGGCCAUGCGCAUUGGCGCAUAUGACUAUUUGGAGUGCUCUGCCAAAACGAAGGAGGGGAUCUGGGAGGUAUUCGAGACUGCAACAAGGGCAGCAUUACAAAAACAAACAACACCAUCCCAAACGUGUCUCAAGUGCUGUGUUUUAAUGUGAAUCGACGCUGUCUGGAGAGCCGUGACGCACAGACGAGACGUUUACGCCGCUGGGAGCUGUGUCUAAACAUGUAUGGGCUGUGACCAUGGCGUGGAUACUCCUUUGUAAUAAGACGGCCCAGGUCGAAAAUGUACCACUGACUGCAGACUAACUGCUUUGAGCACACUUAAUCACUCCAUGACUUGAUAUCUGGGUGUAUGUGUGAAAUGCACUGGUUACAGCAUGUUCUUUGUGGGUCACAUGGUGCCAGUCUGACAGGUGGAGGGGUAAAAAGGACAAAGGCUGCAUUUCAGUGGGAGCCUUAUUUACCCACUCACAGCAUGGACACAGCUUUUGUAAAAACAUGCUUUCAAGCAAUGAUUUAAAAUACUCACUUUUUGUGUUUCAAAUUGUUUGCAGAGGCCACCGCCUCACUGCCAAGGUUAUACUUUGUGAUAAGGAAAGCAGUUAAAGGAAUUGCACUCGUUAUUUAUGUCCACUUUGUAUUGCUCAAUGGUUAUGAUUGGGAAACUGCACAACACCCGGGCACUACAGUUAAUCGCAGAAAGUAUUAUGCCAUUUUGAAAAAAAAUCGUCUUGAAUUAUUAAAUUGUUUUGUUUGUUUGAACCACAGUCAAAAAGUGACUUCACAGUUGUAGUGUAUUCUUUGAAUGGAGCAGGACACAUGUCUUAGAGGUGUUACAUGUGGUCAGUCUUGUAAAGGGCUUAUCAUAUUGUCCUGUGCCUGUGUUUUGCAAGUAUUCAGGUUGGUGUUUUAUUACAGCUAAGUGCACAAACAGAAAUAUCUCUUUCAUUUAUAAAGCAUGCUUCUACCCAAAAAUGUUAUGCUUUCCUCUGGCUGUUGUGGGAGGAAAUAAAUGCUUCUUUGCCAUACAACAAUGACAGAAAAGUUAUUUUAAGUAGCCUGUAAAUAGUGCAGCCUGUAGGGGAGAGGGGAAUUAUUUUUUAAUUUUCCUACAGCUCACCUGAACAAAAUAAUUUCAAGCACAUGUAUCCCACCAAUCCUCUGCAAUCCAGAAAUUGUUGACAUUUUUUAACUGUUUUUUUUUUUUCAUUUCUAUAACAUGGUUCACAUUUUUCAUGGAGAAGUUGAGCAUGUGAGAGGGUCAAGCAUGUGAGUGUUUUUGCUCAGUGAAACACAUUUUCUUAGAGUGUCAUGAAAAAGAAGAGUGAGGUAUUGAGAGAGCUGUAUGAGCAGUAGCACACUGGUAUAUGGGAUAAAGCCAUCUGAUGGCAGGUUAAAAUUGAAAUGGAAACGUGUCAUAUGUUUCUAAAACCCUAAUUUUAUUUCAAUACAAAGCUAGACAAUGCUUUGAAUGAAACACGCGACAAAAAAUUAAAUGUAACGUGAUGGUUUUCUGAAGCUGUAAAAAGUUUGUUGACUGUACUAAAACUGAUUUGUGAUUGGUCAAACGACACAAAAAGUACGCGUUGUCUUCCAUAAUGACUGUGAAUGUACCUCAAAAUUUGUCAAAAGCAUUGUUAAAGCUUUGAAGUUUAAAAUGGCAAUCAAUGUAUUUGAGCUUAUUUUUCAUACUUGUGUACUAAAUUCAGCCCAUGUUUGAUCUCUUUCUCCACUAAAGUGUUGUCUUCAUGGCCUCACACUCGUGGUGGGAAUGGUUGCGUUAGUGACAGCUUUGAACAUCGAUUAAAGAGACUGUUGCUACACUGGGAAUACAGGAUUCAACCUGAGUGGAUUCACUAUGCAAGUUUAUUUCCCAGUGGUUAUUGGAAAAUGAAAAUCACUGUUAACAUACGAUUUUCAUUUGGUCCACCUUGCAACCAGGUUUAAAGAGUAUACUUAUAAAUCCAGCUAGAGUUACAACUGUGUAAAAGUCACAUUCCUCCCUGCCUGCUGUUGCUGGGUUUUUUUGCUGACUUACAGGACAGGAAUGCAUUGUGCUGGACUGGUUAAUUUUCCCACACUGGCCCCCUUAUGUGCCUCUGAUUUGCAAUGGUCUAUGCUAUUUUUCUGUGAUCAGACAACACAGUUUUCAUCCUUUACUUUAUUUAAAAAAAAGAAACAACUGUGGAGUUGCAGAGAAGAAAAAGCUGACAAUGUGCCAAAAUGUAUUUGGUUGUUUAUCAAGUAAUGACCACCUUUCUGUAAUGUCAUAAUCUGAAGGUUGAUGGGUCAACUUGGAACAAUGGGAAUAUUUGUGAGAAAAACACACCACAGAAUGUAAGGGAACAAGCGGUACUGUUUUGGGAAAGUCAAUAAAAGAAUCAGUGUGUGUCACCAUC